UGCAGUCUUGAUAUAAAAACAUUCAUGGUCAAUAAUUCCACCGUGGCUGACUGCAUCACGGGGCCACAGAAGACGGGAUCGUGAAAAGGGAUUAAAUCUGAAAACCUACCGAGCCGAAAGCGGGUUUUUUCCUCACCCAGACAGAGACAUGGCACGACCACGACCGCGGGAAUACAAGGCAGGAGAUUUGGUUUUCGCGAAAAUGAAAGGAUACCCACACUGGCCAGCGAGGAUUGACGAACUUCCUGAAGGAGCAGUGAAGCCUCCCGCCAACAAAUAUCCAAUCUUCUUCUUUGGAACACAUGAAACUGCUUUUCUGGGCCCAAAGGAUCUGCUCCCCUACAAAGACUACAAAGACAAAUUUGGCAAGUCCAACAAGAGGAAAGGCUUCAAUGAGGGCCUGUGGGAGAUCGAGAACAACCCCGGAGUCAAGUUCACGGGGUAUCAGGUGAUGCAGAGCUCGUCAGAGGCAGAGGACGCAGGAAACGCAGCGGACGGCAGCAGUGAAGGAGAGGAGGGAGAAGAGGGAGAAGAGGGGGACUCUGUGGAAGAGGAGGAAGAUACAGAGACUAUCCAGACCGAUAAGAGCGGCUCCAAGCGGAAAAAGUCUGGCUCUGCUAAGAAGUCAAAGCAGUCGCGUCUUUCUGAGGAAGACGAGAAAGACGGAAAAGAGGAGGAGCAGAAGAGCGGGUCAGACGGAGAGCAGGACAGUGACCUCCAGAACUCUGACAGUAAGAACCAGCUGCUUCUAGAGGAACAUUAGGCAAAGGUCUGAAGACUUAAACUUUGUGUAGCUCAAAGAAACCUGCGUCACUGUCGUCACCUCCAUCUGUUCCUCCCAUAGACUGUGGCUCCACCUGGACUCUGUCUCUGUCCAACUCCAGGUGAGCUCUCACCCUGUCUCUUUACAUCUGAUACUCUACAGUAAAGCAGGUGUAAAGACAUGAAACUGCAUUUAUUUUUUUAUACCGUUUUGUUGUACUUUCACCCAGUGUAAAGUGUCUGGCAUACUCUUGGUUUUCCUUAAAAGGACCCACUGCCUGAAAUAGUACAGUUUUAUUUAGUCAGAAUUUGAUGUAAAUGCUGUUUGUGCCAA